AAGUGUAUGAUGCAUACCUAGGCGAUGCAUUCUGAUUCUGUUUUGAACCAUUUUUCAAUAUCGACUCGAUCCAACAAGAGCUUUGUUCCUUAUUGAAAGGAUCUUCAGAGUUUCUUAGAUACAUGUUUAAUACCGGUAGUUACAUCUGUUGAAUCUUCACACCGGUAGUGUCCCCGAGGUAUCAAUCGAGUGAACAAUUCUAUAUAGUCAAGUCACCCAUGUAUAGGGAGGGCGAUUCAUCAUCCAAUGAAAAUGAUGUUCCCCUUCCUUUUCUCCUCAAUUCAAAGAUAGCUUCCUCAUCAGUGACACACACACACAUACACACACACGCAAAUCCAUACUACCACUAGGUACUGAUACCAAAGAUGAAUAACGUCUCCUUAUGCUCUUCAAAGGUUUAAAAAGAGUCACACUUCCCUUCCCCUUUUCAGAUUUGUUCUUUAACCCUUGACCUCAAAAGGUUUUGAUUCUACUUAGUAUUCAUUAUUCAAUUGUCUCCCCAACAAGACGCAUUUCUUGACCAAGUCCUUAAAUCCCUGCACUAUCCCAAAGUAACACAAGUCACCACACCCAAACAUCGACAGUAACCUCUUUACUUCUGAUUUUCGCCGUAGCUACCCAGAAGAGGUGUCAAAAGAUACCCUUUCGGUAAGUUAUAUUCUAGUAUGCGAUUGAAUCGAAUCGACAUGCACAGAUAAUUUCAUUUCAGACCCAUUCCACUUGCAACGAUUCCAGCACUUGAUUGGUGUAUCUCUACAACAAUUCCUAUGUCAAUCACACCACAGAUUAGCCACUCUCCACUCUCCACUCUCCCACUUAUUAUUACAGUCUUACACAAAGUUCACAAAUUCCCCCCCCACCGUUCCUUCCCGCAUACAAUAGUCUGCAGUACAAGACAUUGUGACCCACCUUUCUUCGACUAAGGGACCAAUCGACCAACCACUUUGGCUACAACGGAACUACUGGCUGCACUGCACACUUUCCCGACCGAGCACAUUUUUCUGACUUUACUUAAUCCAUCAGUCUUGACUUCACUUCAUACAACCACAACCCCAGCCUCCCCCAGUGUCCCAUCUUUUUUCGACUCUCUAACUUGUCGGUUGUGUAUACGGAAGUAUCUUGUGUUUACUUUUGCCCAAAGUCUCCUUCUCAGGAACGAACCACAAGAAAUAGUUCUAGAGUCCCGACGGUACAGCUAUUACCAUUACCUAUUACUACGACGACAGCUACAGCUACAGAUACAGCUACAGCUUCACACAACCACCACUCCGACCACAAUCACAAUCACAACCACAAUCACCACUACGACUUUAUUAUUCUUACUACUACGGAACGAAACAUCGAACUCGCCAGAGCCCCCCUUUCAAGAGACAGGUCCCCCUUCAAAAAACAGUUACCACCACGACUAUUCAAUUACCAUUGCCAACCAAUACAAUCAAUACACGCUUACAUCAUCCAUCACAAUCACCUUUAAGGAGUACACCUUCGAUCAAUACCACUUAUUACACUUACUUCCAUUUCCAAUUAUAUUACAGACAAUUACAAACACCCGCAUCAGCAGGACAACAGCCUCUCCACCACUUCCCCAUAAGCAGUAAGGUCGUCGGCAACAACCUCAAAGCAGUCAUUCUCGUCAUACCUUACCUCAAUUAAGUUAUUUUAUAAAUCUUAUCAAAAUGGCCGAUAUCACAGAUCAACACGACCAGAAUUCUCCAACAGCUCUCGACGAACAUGCUGUCGGCAACGGAAACCCAAUUGCUGGAUCCGAUGCUCGCGGUAUUAAACGCGCAAGACCUGCCACCGCUGAUGACGACGAUGACGAUGAUGAUAAACCCGGUCGCGAAAGAAGAAAAAUCGAGAUCAAAUUCAUUACAGAUAAAUCGCGUCGCCACAUCACAUUCUCGAAAAGAAAGGCCGGUAUCAUGAAGAAGGCAUACGAAUUGUCCGUCUUAACUGGGACCCAAGUCUUGCUCUUGGUCGUGUCCGAGACUGGUCUUGUAUACACUUUCACAACACCAAAGUUACAACCUUUGGUCACAAAGGCGGAAGGAAAGAAUUUGAUUCAGGCUUGCCUAAAUGCGCCCGAACCUUCUGGAAAUGGUGAGAAUGGAGUUGAUGAUGGAAACACUGUCGAAUCACCCGAGGAGCCAACUCCACAACAUUUACCUCCACAACAACAAGGUCGACCUGGAAUGCCUCAACAGGCACCACAAAUGCAUCAAGGUUAUGGCGUUGGUGUACAAGGGCUAUCGCAGGAACAGCAACAAGCUAUUGCUUAUCAAAAUUAUAUGGCUCAUCAACAACGAGGAGGUUAUAUGCCUCCACAAGCUGGUAUGCCACAACCGCAAACACAUCAAUCAUAAUACAAUCGCGAAGUCCCAGUACACGAAACGGGUCAAAUAAGUCUUUGAAACUUUGAUACCCGGCACAUAAUGCAUGAGUGUUCUGCACCAAUCGUGUCUUGCGGGGAUCGAUUCUCUAAUGUUGUUUCCGAAGGUGUUAAGGUGUCUUUUUCUUCUUCUAUUAUAUGGGGUUCUCUUUCAUUUGAUCUGCACAGACGUAUUUCCCACAUCACCAAAACAGACUCGAUUUGCGAUAAUGAGAUUAAUAAACCUUGCCACCAUUUGGAAUUCUGAAUAUGGUAAAAGGGAAGGGGGCGUGCAAGGCGGUUGGUUGGUGCGGGGGCUUUGGCAGGCAAGGUGGGCGGCCAAUGUUUGGUUCUGCGAAUUCCUCCUCUUUUUUUCUUCUGUUCUUCUCGUCUGAACGGUUGGUGGUGAUGGUGAUGGUGGAUGAUGCAUUGAAAUAUAACAUAGUUCAUUCAUGAUGGGAUGAUAUCAAAAGGAUGGUUCGUGGGAAGUGGGUGCAGGUAAUCAGGCAAAUUUCUAGCUCGAGGUCAGGUCGUUGUAGCAGCUCUCUCUUGUACAGUAAAAUCAUUUGGGGAGGACGAGGACUAAAUGAUAUAAUCGGUCUGUUCAGAAGUUUCUCUAAAAUGCGCAGUGAUUUUCCUGUGUAUCAUGAAAGAAGGAUUUAUUUACUUGGAAUGAAAGAAUAUUAAGUAUUAAAUGAAUGAGAUAAACUUGCUUCUGACGAACUUGGUAGCACUGCAUUUUCCUGUGCAUAUGUAAUAGAUAUAUUCUGCUUUUUGCUUUUUG